AUGCAAACCGUUCUGCUCCAGAGUGAUGGUGCCGCCAUUGGCCGUGGCGUGUGUGAUGUCCCAGCGCCGGCGGAGGGCCUGAUCUAUACGCAGGUGGCCGCCGGAGGCAGCCACGCCGUCCUACUCCAGAGCGAUGGCACGGCUGUGGCGUGUGGAACCUAUCAGGCACGGUGGCGGCUCUCUUCGGCGCACACGAGCUCCCUGCGCUGCCGCAGGGCCUGGUCUACACGCAGGUGGCCGCGGGAGGCAGCCACACCGUGCUGCUCCGCAACGACGGCGCGGCUGUUGCGUGCGGCUGGAACGCCUUCGGCCAGUGCGACCUACCAGAGGGGGGCCCUGCCUACGCGCAGGUGGCCGCUGGAGGGCGCCACACCGUCCUGCUCCGGGUCGACGGCACGCCCCUGGUGUGCGGCGACGGCGCCGCGGGCCGCCCUCCGGCGCCGGCAGGAGGCCUCAUCUCGAAGUCGCCUGCCUGCGCCGCCGCGGCAGCUGCCCGCCGCCAGAGGUGCCCGAGAUAGCGGCGCGCAGGGGGCCGGCGCGGCACAGCCGUCGGGCGCGGCACGGCGAGCCACCUGCACCACCGUCGGCACCAGCGUGACCCAGGCAUCGUCGGCUUCUCGUGGCGGGUCGGAGAUCGGCGCGUUCGGCGAGCCGCUGAAAGACGGGGUGCUGGAGAAGUACGGCACUUCCCUGCUGGCCGGCUGGCAGAGGAGGCACUUCCAGCUGUACCCGUCUUGGCUUGCGUAUGCCGCCGAGAAGCAGCACCGUGUGAAGCUGAUCAGGCUUGCCUCCAUAUCGAACGUACAGCUUGAGAAUGGCGAGCUGCACCUUACCUGUGAGGAAGGCGCGAAAUCCAUUCGUCACAAGCUCAGGGCCCAAACGGUAGCAGAGACGAAGGCGUGGGAGAUGGCAAUCAAGAGCGCUUGGGGCUAUUCGUCCACCGAGUAG